AUGCUACACUACGCUACCCUACGCUACGCUACACUAUGCUACACUACGCUACACUACACUACGCUACGCUACACUACGCUUUACUAUGCUACACUACGCUACACUACGCUACGCUACGCUACACUGCGCUUUACUAUGCUACACUACGCUACGCUACACUACACUAUGCUACACUACGCUACACUACACUACGCUACACUACACUAUGCUACACUACGCUACACUACACUACGCUACACUACACUAUGCUACACUACGCUACACUACGCUACACUACACUAUGCUACACUACGCUACACUACACUACGCUACGCUACACUACGCUUUACUAUGCUACACUACACUACGCUACACUACACUAUGCUACACUACGCUACACUACGCUACGCUACACUACGCUUUACUAUGCUACACUACACUACGCUACGCUACACUAUGCUUCACUACGCUACGCUACACUACGCUGUGAAUGAGAUUUACCAUGACGAGUCUCUGGGAGUCCACAUCAACGUGGUCCUGGUCAGGAUGAUUAUGCUGGGGUACGCCAAGUCCAUCAGCCUCAUUGAGAGAGGCAACCCAUCGCGGAGCCUGGAGAACGUGUGCCGCUGGGCCUUCGUGCAGCAGAAAGGUGAUCCCGAUCACGCUGAGCACCACGACCACGCAAUUUUCCUCACUCGCCAAGGCUUCGGCCCCACAGGGAUGCAGGGUUACGCUCCGGUCACAGGAAUGUGCCACCCAGUCCGGAGCUGCACCCUGAACCACGAAGACGGCUUCUCCUCCGCCUUUGUUGUGGCUCAUGAGACCGGACACGUCACGUACGAUUGUCUCCUGGAUGACCCCUUCAAACAUGACUGGCCGGAGCUUCCUGAACUUCCUGGCAUCAACUACUCGAUGGAUGAGCAGUGUCGAUUUGACUUCGGGGUCGGCUACAAGAUCUGCACUUCCUUUCGCACAUUUGACCCGUGUAAACAGCUGUGGUGCAGCCACCCAGACAACCCCUACUUCUGCAAAACCAAGAAAGGGCCACCUCUCGAUGGGACCGAGUGUGCACCUGGAAAAUGGUGCUACAAAGGUCACUGCAUGUGGAAAAACCCGAAUCAGGUCAAGCAAGACGGUGCCUGGGGCUCCUGGGGCAAAUAUGGUUCCUGCUCACGCUCCUGUGGAACUGGAGUUCGAUUCCGGACCCGUCAGUGCGCCAACCCUGCCCCGUCGAACGGCGGCCAGGACUGCCCGGGAGUAAACUACGAGUACCAGCUGUGCAACACAGACGACUGUCCCAGGCACUUUGAAGAUUUCAGAGCUCAGCAGUGCCAGCUCCGCAACUCCCACUUUGAAUUCCAAAAUGCCAAACACCACUGGCUGCCCUACGAGCAUCCUGAUGCAAACAGGAGAUGCCACUUGUAUUGCCAGUCCAAGGAGACAGAAGAUGUGGCGUACAUGAAGGUGCUGGUGCAUGAUGGGACACGAUGUUCUUACAAGGACGCCUACAGCAUCUGCGUGCGUGGAGAGUGUGUGAAAGCUGGCUGUGACAGAGAAAUUGGCUCCAGCAAGCUUGAGGACAGAUGUGGGGUUUGUGGUGGAGACAAUUCUCACUGCCGCACUGUCAAAGGAAGCUUCACCCGCACGCCGAAGAAAGCCGGUUACCUUAAGAUGUUUCUCAUUCCUCCUGGAGCUAGACAUGUGAUCAUCCAAGAACAUGAGGCGUCCCCUCACAUUCUUGCAAUCAAGAACCAGGCGACGGGGCAUUACAUCCUCAACGGCAAAGGAGAGGAGGUCAAGUCCAGAAGCUUCAUCGACUUAGGCGUUGAAUGGCAUUACAUCAUCGAGGGCGACGUGGAGACUCUGCAGACCGAUGGCCCUCUGCACGACCCCGUGGUGGUGCUGAUUAUACCAAAGGACAAUGAGACACGGUCGACUUUGAUGUAUAAGUACAUCAUCCAUGAAGAUUCGGUGCCCAUCAACAAUAACAAUGUCAUCCAGGAGGAGACCUAUGAGUGGGCUCUGAAGAGCUGGUCUCCCUGUUCCAAGCCGUGUGCUGGAGGGUUUCAGUACACCAAGUAUGGAUGUCGGAAAAAGGGAGACACCAAGAUGGUUCAUCGAGGCUACUGCGACGCCGGCAAGAGGCCCAAACCCAUCCGAAGAAUGUGUAACCUUCAGGACUGCACACAGCCUCAAUGGAUCUCAGAGGAAUGGGAGCACUGUACCAAAACCUGCGGCAGCCUAGGCUUUCAGAUCCGAAGCGUUCGCUGCGUGCAGUUCCUGCAUGAUGGCACGAACCGCUCCAUCCACAGCAAAUACUGCAGCGGCGAGAAGCCCGAGAGUCGGAGGCCCUGCAACAGAGUGCCGUGUCCUGCCCAGUGGAGGACCGGAGCCUGGUCAGAGUGUUCGGUGACGUGUGGAGAGGGGAUAGAAAGGCGUUUGAUCACCUGCCGGAUUGGAGAUCAGUGUAACGGAGAAAAGCCCGAACACGUGAGGCCGUGCAAACCUGGAGCCUGCAACGAUGAGCCGUGUAAUGGGGACAAAUCCAUCUUCUGCCAAAUGGAGGUGUUAGCGAGAUACUGCUCUAUUCCAGGCUACAACAAGCUGUGCUGCGACUCCUGCACUAAGCGCACCGGAGCCCUGUCUAUGUUCGCGGAGGCGGCCGAGACCGAGGAACACGUUCGCUUCGGAUCAGCCUCGCAGCUCCUCGAGACAUUAACGGCCGCAGCAGCGGCCAACGGCACUCGCGGUGGGAAACAAGGCGCGGGCAAAGGAUCCGCCACAUCGGGCGGUGCAGCGAAACACAUCACCACUCCUGCUCCGGUCAAGAAAACCCCAUCAAAGAUCACUACAGCACCAAGGCGGGUUCCACGACAUGCGGACCUCACUGACAGGAAGCUGUCCACUCGGGCUGGUCCUACUCAGGGUCAAAGGUCAAGCAGUUUGGUGGACAGUCGGCAGCCUGUGGCAUAUUCUGAAGUGGAGCGAUGAAAGUCGUAGCUUUUGCCUUUAGGACUCGUAAUGUACAGUAGAUAAUCCAGCUUCAUCCUGAGUCUUCUCACACCAGAAACACAGAGAAAGAAAAGUGCUGGUUCACUUUGUAAGAAUUUGACCCUGAUACGGACUCUAAAUAUCUCUUUAACCACCUGCAGCUUCCAGAUCACUGAGGCUGAAACAGCCGUGCUACUUUGCCCUCAUACUUCUAUAUUAAUAUGAAACAAAUAUGAAAUAAUUUAAGGUGUAGAGGCCACACGGAGUUUUCAACCGUGUCAAAUGAAAAGCUAAAUUACGUUCAUAGUGAAUACUUUCAGGGAUACUAAACAGCCAAAGGACAGUUCAGUAUUCAAAAGAUGUUUGUUGCUCUGACUCAUACAUUCCCGAUGUCUGACAUUUAUUUCAUUUUAUCACCUUGUUCACUUGUUCAGGCAAAAUUUCUCUAACGUCACCUGCACAGUGAAAACUGAGAGAGCAGGUGGAGGAAGGUGUCUGCGUUCCCCCUCCGGACGAGCUGUCGCCUGGUCUCGUUACUGAAUAAAGCAGACCCUGCUGCCUGCAGAGCAGCUACGCUGCUGCAGAUAGAGAGAAAGUGUGAGCAGGUGCAGAGACCAGCUGUGUAGAUUUAGUAGAACUCAGAGAGUAUGGAAAUAGAUGCCUCUUGCAUUUCAGUUCAUUUAAAAAGUGACUCCACUAAAAGCCAUGUUUGCCACAUUGGUUCUUUUUGGAUAAAUCUCAGCUGUACGAUGCGUUUUAAUUGAUUGCAUCCGUAUCCUGUCCCCACAUUGUGACCUUUGAGGUAGAUGUCAGAGUUCUGUGUCAUUUUAAAAUUAACAAUAGUCAAAGAUCAUCAGAUACAGCUGAGAAUUCCCACUACUUGAAUUUUACAAACUGCCAGUUUUCUUGCCAGAAAUCCAACUUUAAAGCUCAACUCACAGAAAGUUCAUCCGUCAAAGUAUUCAGUGAAAAAUGAUUUACCGUACUUUAAGUGAAUAUGAAACACGGACAGAGAUGAAUUUCCCCAACGCACUAUUUAUAAAGCUUCCUGUAAAUGCUGUACAUGAAAAUAUCAGUAUUAUUUUAAGAAAGUGGGAUGCUUAACCAGUUCUGACAGAUGUUGGUGCCAGUGUGAUAGAGAUAUUCUUUAUCAAGCAAUCAGGUAUAAUGAAAUAACACUCAGACACUUGUAACAGUUCAACGUGCACGGGUGAGAGCUCAAUGGAGACUCACACCCCUGCAGCAGCUCUCUGCCUUUAUUUAUACACAGCAUGAAGCAUACAAGAAAGGAAGUAACAUUCUUAUCUAGUCAAACAGGCAGGUGUGACUUCUCGGAACGUUAUGUUCUUAAAAGGUCAUGUUCUUAAAAGGUCGUUUCUUAUUCUUGGGUGGCGGUUUCCUGUUUCUAUCAAAUAGUGUAAUAAAAACAAGUCCUUUUAAGGCAAGGUGCAGACAGUUAGUUGUGCAGCUGGUUGAGUGCAAACAGAAAUAUGAACACUUUUAGCUGAUUAUUAUGUGAAUAAUAAAAUGCUUUAAUAUUAAAAAAUCUUCUAACACAGUGUUUACCCUUCCAGGGACUGUUCACAAAGGGAUUAUUGACUGAUUACUGAUAUAGCUUUCCUUUCAGAAUGCCAUGAAGGUUUGUUAACUUAAAGAAAAGUCAAAGUGCAGAGAGAUGAGAUGUUUGAUACCCUCUGUAUGAUACAAUUAAGUUAGCUUUUCAUAAACACUGAAAACAUGGGAAAAAGCUAACCGGCUCUGUCCAAAGAAAGCACCACCUAUCAGCACCGAAGCGUUCAUCCUGUUUCUGUGUUUAGUACAGAAACAGCUUUGUUAGACAGAGCUCACUUUUUGCUAACAGUCGCUUCGCUGCACCAAGCUUGGCUGCCUUUCAUAUUUAGCUUUGUUCCAUGUUUUUUCUCUUCUUCUCAGAAAGACUUAAGGGCAAAGAAGAGAACUAACUAAAGAGCAUGCUCCUCUCAGCGCUGUAUGUCAUAUAAAAUAGACCAUACAACACUCAGGUCAAAGGAUCAAAAUUUUUCAUAAUACAUGUAAAAUGUGUUUUUACUUUAGCCUCACUUUUACCGUGACUUUUUGUUAACCUGUGAAAAGAAAUGCAAUCCAAUGUCAGCACACCGCUAUAAAUCCUUCGUGAGCUAUGAAGCUUUCUGUUUGUGUUGGUUAUUGAGGUCGUAGAGGGCAGUGAUGUGGGAAGGAAGGGAGGCAGCCUAUGUAGCCUACACAUCCUCGCUGCCUGAAACUUCCAUAAUCAGGUAAAAUCAUAAGAACCUUUAAGGAAUGUCAGCAAAGAGUGAAAACGAUGAAUUGUUAGCAGAACUGCUGUGUUAGAUUGUGUUUGCAUUCACAGGUGAGCCUAAUAACUAAAGCUGCAUUAGUUGACCUUUGACCACUAGUACGGUAGAGGAUUAGGGCCACUGGGAAAAAGUGGGCACGUCUUUUUUUUUUCAUCUAUUC